AUGGCCAUUCUCCUCUGACUCCGCUUCCAUCACUACCAUUCAUUCACACACCAACGUCGUUUGCCCUCUUGCCCGUCAUCUGCCUCCUCCCCCUCUUCGCCCCCUACCUGACAUCGUAAGAUGACAGAGGGUGGUUCGUUCCCCCGCUUCCGCCCAGCCGUAGCACUCACAGCAGCAUCGGCAGCAUCAGCAGUCACAUCGUCCCACCACAGACGCUCCAGACUACAUCUGAGGCCGCCACCGCCAUUCACUACUGUAGACGCCCAGGAGGAAGCGGCUUGGCGGCGUCAGGCUUCCUUUGCCCAGCUGGCAGACACAAUCUCUCAGUCUUGGGAGGAUCUCAAUGACUACCUACAGUCGCCCUCUGUGUCCAUUGCGAAGCUGCACCUGGAGACCUUGGCGCUCAUGAGGGGACUCCAUGGCAAUCGCCCCCUUGAUAGAGAAGGAGUGGCGGGAGGAGGAGGAGGAGGAGUGAGGCCCAAUGCUCCAGGAGGAAGAGGAGGAUCAGCUGGCGCAGAGAAGGAGAGGGAUGCUGCUACUGCUCGGUUGCUGGCAUUGGCAAGUCAGCUAAAUGGAAUCAGGGAUAAUCUCGCACAGGUCUUGGCUAGUAGCCACCUCAUGAUUCAAGCUGCUGGUGACAUCGACUUAGAACUAGACUUCAUUUCUCAAUUCACAGCCAAGGCUCAUCCGGCCAAGGAGAGCUCUGAAGCACCCUACACCACAGCUUCAGCACACACCAAGGAGGAGUCUCCCUUUAGCAGUCGCAAGAGGCGUAGGACAUCUUCUCCUAGUCUCACCCCGGAAGAUGAGCACGGAGGAGUCGUCUUCUCCCCAAGUCCAUCGGAAUCACGCCAGCUCAGCUUGAGCCCAGCAAUGCAGCCUAGACAGAUCAGCCCCGUCCCAUCUGACCGAAGACACGCUGGUGCAGGUGCAGGAGCUCCUCCUGCAGCCAAGUCUGCUAGGACCGACUAUUUUGGUCACUGGAACGAAGGAGCCGUCGAGGAGAUCCUAGUGUCCAAGCCCCGUACAGACGAUCAGCCUGCCACGACGUCACUUCUGAGGCAGCCUCUCGCCGGCCCUGCCUCGUCCUCUGCCUCGGCCUCGGCCUCGGCCACUGCCACUGUCUCGAAGUCGACAGCUCUCCCCAGCCCAGGCAAGGUCCGACGUCGCCCUCACUCAUUCCACGGGGACGACCCACGGAGCUACCUCACCCCACCGCCGCUACUCAAGAUUGAGGAGCCCACGCGCGACAAUCUGACGAACGAGGAUCUGACGCCCCAUCGACAGAGGUGGGCCAUGCUGGAGAGUGGACCGGCCGUCCCUUUCUCGCCUGCCGGUGGGUAGCGCAAUGAGCCAGCUAGCUAGCUAGCUGGGUGGCUGGCUCGCUCGCUGGUCCAGACAGGAAUCCCCACCUCCGCACUGGCAUGAGCGAUAUUGCCCAAAAGCCUUUGAGGUCGUGGCCCUGUGGCAGUCCU